AUGGUAUUCAGAUUUUUAGGUAAUAAUAAUAAUAAUAAUAAUGAAUUACCAGAUCAACAAUUAAUCAAUGAAAUUGGUUAUCUUUCAAAUUUUUCAAAUGAACAAUUAGAACAACUUUUAGAUAUUAUAUUUGAAUUUAUGAUUAUUCAAAAAUCUGAACAAUUAUUAAACCAAAUUCAAGAAUUUAGCAAUGAACAUUCAAUCAAUGAAAAUACAUUAAAGAAUAUAAUUAGAGGAUGUAUCAUUUUCUUUAAAUCAUCAGCAAAGAAUAAUUUAACAAUUGAUCAUCUUAGAGAGGACUGUAUUCAAUUCAAAUUGGAUGAAGAACAAUCUAAAUUGGUAUCAACGAAAUAUAAACAACAUUAUAUUGAAAUCUCUAGAUCAUUAGUUGGUAACUCUUUAACAAUUAAUCAAGUUUUAGAUAUGCAAUGGAGAUUCGGUGUAACAACAAGUUCUUCUGAAUUCACAAAAUCAAAUACAACAGGUUCAACAUUUUUACAAUUAAAAUUAGUUUUAGAUAAAGGAAAUAAUAUAAAAGAAGAUGUUCAUAUGGAAUUAACUUUACCUCAAUUUUAUGAAUUUUUAAAAGAAAUGCAAAGUGCAAAAGCAAGUUUAGAAUAUUUUAAUUAA